AGCGACGGCGGCGUCUCCGUGCAGUAGUUAGUCUUGUGGGCGGUGGAAGUGGUCUGGCCUGGAGCAGUGAGGCCGGUGCGAGCCGGGAGAACCGGCAGGAUUAUGGAUGGUUCCUUCGUACAGCACAGCGUGAGGGUUCUGCAGGAACUCAACAAGCAGCGCGAGAAAGGCCAGUAUUGCGACGCCACGCUGGACGUGGGGGGCCUGGUGUUCAAGGCGCACUGGAGUGUCCUGGCUUGUUGCAGCCAUUUCUUCCAGAGAAUCUACGGGGAUGGCUCAGGGGGCAGCGUUGUCCUCCCUGCAGGUUUUGCUGAAAUCUUUGGCCUCCUGCUGGACUUUUUCUACACUGGCCACCUCGCCCUCACUACAGGGAACAGGGAUCAGGUGCUCUUGGCAGCCAAAGAGUUGCGGGUGCCUGAGGCUGUGGAGCUAUGUCAGAGCUUCCAGCCCCAAACUUCAGUGGGGCAGGCACAGAGUGGACUGGGCCAGCCUGCGUCCCAGGAUGUGAAAAGCCACCUCAAGGAGCCGACAGACUUGGAUGAGGAGGAAGUUUUCAGGACUCUGAGCCUGGCCUCUGUGGAUCAGGAGCCCAGAGACAGCGAGCAGCCCCAGGUCAACACACCUGCUCAGAGCAGCCCGGCCUUCCUCUGUGGGAAACUCAAGCAGGCUUUGAAGCCUUCUCCCUCAGAGGACAAAGAGUCCGAGGACUGCAAAGAGCCCCCAAGGCCCUUCGAGGCUGAAGGUGCCCCGCUGCAGGGCAAGAGCAAUGAGUGGGAAGUGGUGGUUCAAGUUGAGGACGACAGGGACGGUGAUUACGUAUCUGAGCCCGAGACUGUGCUGACCAGGAGGAAGUCAAAAGUGAUUAGAAAGCCCUGUUCGGCAGAGCCAGCCCUGGGUGCAGGCUCCCUCCCAGCCGAGCCCUCCGAGAGCAGAAAGGGUGCAGCAGUUCCGGUCGAAUGUCCCACAUGUCAUAAAAAGUUCCUCAGCAAAUACUACCUAAAAGUCCACAACAGGAAGCACACUGGGGAGAAACCCUUCGAGUGUCCCAAAUGUGGGAAGUGUUACUUUCGCAAGGAGAACCUCUUGGAGCAUGAAGCCAGGAAUUGCAUGAACCGCUCGGAACAGGUCUUCACAUGCUCCGUCUGCCAGGAGACCUUCCGCCGGAGGAUGGAGCUGCGAGUGCACAUGGUGUCUCACACAGGGGAGAUGCCCUACAAGUGUUCCUCCUGCUCCCAGCAGUUCAUGCAGAAGAAGGACUUGCAGAGCCACAUGAUCAAGCUGCACGGAGCCCCUAAACCCCACGCAUGCCCCACUUGUGCCAAGUGCUUCCUGUCUAGGACGGAAUUACAGCUGCACGAGGCCUUUAAGCACCGUGGAGAAAAGCUCUUUGUGUGUGAGGAAUGUGGCCACCGGGCCUCGAGCCGCAAUGGGCUCCAGAUGCACAUCAAGGCCAAGCACAGGAAUGAAAGGCCUUAUGUCUGUGAGUUCUGCAGCCAUGCAUUCACCCAGAAGGCCAAUCUCAACAUGCACCUGCGCACACACACAGGCGAGAAGCCUUUCCAGUGCCACCUCUGUGGGAAGACCUUCCGCACCCAAGCCAGUCUGGACAAGCACAACCGCACCCACACGGGUGAGAGGCCUUUCAGCUGUGAAUUCUGUGAGCAGCGUUUCACUGAGAAGGGCCCCCUUCUGAGGCAUGUGGCCAGCCGCCAUCAAGAGGGCAGGCCCCACUUCUGCCAGAUCUGUGGCAAGACCUUCAAAGCUGUGGAACAGUUACGAGUGCACGUCAGGCGACACAAAGGCGUGAGAAAGUUCGAGUGCACCGAGUGUGGCUACAAGUUCACUCGGCAGGCUCACCUGCGCAGGCACAUGGAGAUCCAUGAUCGAGUGGAGAACUACAACCCCCGGCAGCGCAAGCUCCGGAACCUCGUCAUUGAGGACGAGAAGAUGGUGGUUGUGGCUCUCCAGCCACCUGCAGACCUGGAGAUGGGCUCUGCAGAGGUCAUUGUAGAGUCCCUGACCCAGGGUGGCCUUGCCUCCCAACUCCCUAGCCAGAGACUGUGUUCAGAGGAGAGCUUUGCUAGCCCCGGUGUCCUGGAGCCCUCUCUCAUCAUCACGGCAUCUGUCCCUGAGGACUGUGACACGUAGACCCUGACCAAUAAACAUGUGACUU